AACGUCACUUGGAUUUUUCUUCUUGUCUUGUGUGGAACGAAGUUAUAAAAGUUUUUGCAGCGUAGUUAAAGUGACUAUAAAAGUUGCCUUAAUUAAUUAAAAGUGAAAAUGACUAGCCAAACGCAGGGUAUCCAACAGCUGCUCGCCGCUGAAAAGAAGGCUGCCGAGAAGGUAGCAGAGGCCAGAAAACGCAAGGCAAGAAGAUUGAAACAAGCCAAGGAUGAGGCAACCGAAGAAAUUGAGAAAUACCGCCAAGAACGUGAACGUCAGUUCAAAGAAUUCGAGGCCAAGCAUAUGGGCUCACGCGAAGGUGUGGCCGCUAAGAUCGAUGCUGAUACCCGUACGAAAUUAGCUGACAUGGAACGUUCGAUUGCCUCACGCAAAGAACCUGUAAUCGAAGAAGUCCUUCAAUUCGUCUACAACAUCAAGCCUGAGUUGCACAAAAACUACGUUCUGAAAUAAAUUAUCACAUCCAUGGGUGAAGGGAUAAAUGCCAGCUUUCAUGCAUUUCUAUUAUUCGUCGUAUUACUUGUAAAGUUUAUUAAUUAACUAACCAAUCAAAAAACUAGGUAACUAAGCAGCAAAUUCCCGAUAUUCGUGUACGUUCCAUUUAAUUGCAUUAUUGUAAUGGUGCAAUUACGCCUUUACUUAAGAAAAAUUCCAGAUUUUCAACGUGUCGACGAUGCGUUGAAGGUCGCUACUUAAUUUACAAAAUACAAAAGUGGGCGCAAAUGCACUAAAUGAUUUUAAGCUAAACGUUUUAAAGUAUUAUGCCGAAAAGUAUGAAGAAAAAUGUACGCUAGCAUUGUUAUCAUAAAGUAUAACUAAUAUAUAUUUUGUGUUCUUGUUGUUAUGCAAUAGUUGAUGAAAAAAGUGUGGAUAUUUAAGCAAUAAAGGUUCAUUCAUUUUUCGUUUUA